AUGAGUUACUUAACCUACGAGGAAGCAAAGGAUUUCGAGAAUGCGAUUUUGCGUUGCCCCUUCGAGAAAUGCAAUGCUCGACUUAUCAAACUACUGCCUGCUUUACUAGAAACGAAGACCGUGAUUACUGGGGCACCUGAAAUGACAAGAGAAUCAACCCAAUUCUUCAAAGUCAAUGAUGUAUGGGAUUUUGAUAAUAUAGGAGUUCUGAGACCCGCAGAACUCAAGACUGAACUGAGCGUAGUUGGCCCUCUAGCCAAAGUAGAAAGACUCCUCAUAUGUAGUGAUUGUGACCGAGGGCCACUAGGAUUCGCAGGAUUUAAAGAUGACAGCGAGACAGAUGUGAAGAAAUUGUCAUAUUUUCUCUCCUGUGAGUCUGUGUUGUAUGAUAAACAAUAG